GACGCGCUGACGUCGGUGAGGAAGGCGUUGCGGUCCUCGUGAGCUACAGAACGAGCGAAGGGAAUCAAGAUGGCGGACCUCGAAGACGUUACGCUGGACGGGAGGCCGCUCCAUUCGCUCCGGGUGGCGGAUUUGAAAGCGGCAUUGGAAGAAAGAGGGCUUCCGAAAAGCGGACAGAAGAAUGCACUCAUCAAGAGGCUCAAAGGGGCUCUCAUGUUGGAGAACCUUCAGAAAACCUCCACUCAUCACAUUGGCCUGCAACCGAACUCCCGGAUUGGGGAGGAAAUGAGUCAGAACAGCUUCAUUAAACAGUACCUGGCCAAACAGCAAGAGCUUCUCAGGCAGCGCUUGGAGAGAGAAGCACGAGAGGCAGCCGAAACUGAUGGAACAGCCAAUGAAGACCACACAGAGGCCAGUGACAGUAUUUGUGCUGCUCCUAACCAGGAUGUGGCUCCCUCCUUAGUUGACCAACACAAAGGAGGUACAGCAGUGUCUGGGGGAUUUGGGGUGAGUGAGAGUGAUGAGCUCACAGAAAAAGAAACCCCUGAGCAGCCAUCCCCCUCCACACCUGCCCAGCCUUGCGCAAUAGCCUCUUUAUCUGUGCGGGUUGUUGGUGAAAGAGCACCAACUUCAAGCCAUGUACCAGCUGACAGUGGUGAUGACAGUGAAGGCGGGGAUGACAAUGAUGAAGAUGAGGAGGAGUGGAACGCCAAUGCUCAACGGAGUCGUCGAGCACAGCCUCCAAAAAGCCAACCGUUGAGGGAAAGAUCUGGUAGCUCACAGCAACCACAGCAGCCGCCCCCCCAACACAUACCUUUACUUUCACAGCAGCUCAGACAGCCCACUCCUCCUCCAUCCCCUCCUCCUGAACUCUCUUUUCCACUCCCAGACACACCUAAACAGAGCCCACCUAGUCCUGGAGAGCCCCCAUCUAGGCAGCGCAUAUCUAGUUCUUCGAGCUCUGGUAGUUCAAGUAGUGACAGUCGUAGCAGUAGCCCUGAACCAGCAGGCGACUCCACAGAACGCAGACCAGGCCCACUGACCUUACUGGCACGCAAGAUGGCAUCUGAGGGAGCCUUCUCUGGGGCAGGAAAGCGUGAUAGGGAGGGAAUGGAUGGACAGAGAAGCCACCAUGAUGGGGUUGUGUCCGCAAUUACGCACACAGCUAAUGCAGCUUCAGUUUUGUCAUACCCUAGUUCAGUGAUCUCAAACCAAGGUGUUGGUGUCGUUAGGUCAGCGAUGGUGGAAAAGAGUGAUGGCAUGAAGCAUGAUGAGGGUAGCCAUCUUUUAUGGGAGCAAGAAAACAAAAAGAGGGAAAGGGAAAGACAGCGAGAACAAGAAAGGCUGAAAGCCCUAGAAAAGGAGAAGGCAUUGGAAGAAGAGCGAGCACGAGUUUUGGAACGGGAAAGACAAGAACGAGAAGAAGCUCUGAAACGGGAGAGGGCUUUACAGCGAGAAAGGGAAGAAAAAGAAAAGGCCUUACAGCAGGAAAGGGAAGAGAAAGAGAAGCUUGAAAGAGAACAAGCUUUGGAAAGAGAGCGAGAACGAUUAGAGAGAGAACAAGCUCUGGAACGAGAGAGGCAAAAAAAGGAGCGACUGGAGAGAGAGAGGCAGGAAGCUUUAGAGCGGGAGAGAUUGGAGAGAGAGAGGCUGGAGAAAGAAAGACAAGAACGAGAACAAGCCUUAGAGAGGGAGAGACUCGAGAAAGAAAGACUUGAGAAGGAAAGACAAGAACGAGAACAAGCUCUAGAGAGGGAGAGAUUGGAGAGAGAGCGGCUUGAGAAGGAAAGACUAGAAAGAGAACAAGCUCUAGAGAGGGAGAGAUUGGAGAGAGAGCGGCUUGAGAAGGAAAAACUAGAACGAAAACAAGCUCUAGAGAGAGAGAGAUUGGAAAGAGAGCGGAUUGAGAAGGAAAGACUAGAAAGAGAACAAGCUCUAGAGAGGGAGAGAUUGGAGAGAGAGCGGCUUGAGAAGGAAAGACUAGAAAGAGAACAAGCUCUAGAGAGGGAGAGAUUGGAAAGAGAGCGGCUUGAGAAGGAAAGACUAGAAAGAGAACAAGCUCUAGAGAGAGAGAGAUUGGAGAGAGAGCGGCUUGAGAAGGAAAGAUUAGAAAGAGAACAAGCUCUAGAGAGGGAGAGAUUGGAAAGAGAGCAUCUUGAGAAGGAAAGACAAGAACGAGAGAGACAGGAAAAAGAACAAGCUCUAGAGAGGGAGAGGCAGGAGAAAGAAAGGCAAGAAAGAGAACAAGCUUUGGAGAAGGAGAGACUGGAAAGAGAAGCUGCUUUGGAGAAAGAGAGACAAGAAAUGGAGAGGGCCAAAGAACAGGAAAAGCUGGAGAAAGAGAGGGCUUUGGAAAGAGAAAGGCAUGAAAGAGAAGCCGCUCUGGAACUCAAGAAGCAAGAGCGAGAAAGACUUGAGAAAAAGAAAGCUUUGGAAGAAGAACGGUUGCAGAAAGAACAAGCUCUUGAGCGUGAGAGACAAGCACAUAGGAAAGCAGAUGAGGAGCGAGAGCGAGCUUUGGAAAAAGAGAGAGAGGAGCAAGAGAGGGCUUUAAAAGAAGAGCAACAGAGAGCCUUGGAGCAAAAAAGAGUCCAGGAGGAAAAAGAAAAGGCUUUGAAACAUGAAAAAGAGGAGAAACGUGAGAAAGAAAGAGAAAGUCGUCUUCCUCUGUGGAAGCGUAGUCGUGAUAUCGGUGGUCUCUCCUAUCCAGCGCCCCAUGCUGCUUCUCUGGAAAGUCCAACAGAGAAGCCCGACGAUAGUGAGACUGGUGAACCUCAGAGCACUGGCAAAGAUGCUCGAUCUACAGAGCCUGUCCCACAGCAGUCACCCAUAGCUGCAACACAACUGUCUCCUCAAUCUUCUUCUAAGAAGUCCCGCUUCCUUAGAGAUGCCCCUCUGACAACUCCUCUCCCCUCCUCUCCAACUUCUGUGCUAAAGAGACCUCGUACUUUCUCAGAUAGCCCCAUGCCACAAGCCCCGUCAAUUCCAUUAAGAUCGAAGCUUGAGGAAAAAGAUGCUGCUCCAGUCCGUCAAACAUCAGUCCUUGUGUCAGCACCUCAUGAGCUUGAGAGCAAAACCCCCAAGGUGUCUGCCCAACAACAUGCACCACAAGAGGAAGAGAAGAUGGAGACAUCAGAGGAUAGUGAGGCAAGCAAAGACACUAAACAUAAGACACUCAGAAGAGUUGAGGAUGAGGAGAAAUCUCCUUUACCUCCUCCAGAGGAGAAGAAAAGAGGAAGGGAAAGGGAAAAGAAAGAGGUGGAGAAGAAAGAAAGAAAAUCAUCAUCCUCCAGCGAUUCCUCUUCAUCUGACACCAAUUCUGGGUCUUCAUCCUCCUCAAGCUCCUCCAGUUCAUCAUCAUCAGAGGAGGAGGAGGAGAAAAGUCAUUCCACUUCAGAUAGUAGGAAGUCUAAAGAGGUCCAGAAAGAGUCUUCAUCUCAGGCCAUGGAAGAAGUUGGUCAAACUGUGGCUGAAAAGCCUCCAACCGCCCAACGCAAAAAACAAGUCUUCACAGAGCAGGAAGAAAAAGACAUGGGCAAUGAGGAUGUCAUUCAAACCAAGAAACCCUGCCAUGAACUACAAGAUGAAAAGGAAACAAGGGAAAGAAAGGAUGAUAUUGACGAAGAUGACACUAACAAAGACACUACCAGUAUUGAGGUGAAGGAGGCUGUCAUGGCGGAGCCUGAGAAGGUUCCAGAGAGCAGUGAGGAGAACACCACGCCAAAGACCUUCUCGGCCCGAAGGAUUUCUCUCGGCAGCAGCAAACCGUCUCCUGGGGUGGUGAGUUCGGAGGGAGAAGCGGAGGCCGCAAGCAGUGCUGGCGCUGGCAGAAAAAGAAGAUGGGGCGCUAGUACAGCUGUCACUGCCAAGAAACCCUCCAUCAGUAUCACCACAGACUCUUUGAAGUCUUUAAUACCAGACAUCAAGCCUGCUUUGGGUCAGGAGGCUGUGUUAGACCUGCAUCCGGAGGAGAUGCAUCUCUCUGGGGAGGAGGAAGGAGGAGAGAGAGGCGACCAAGACCUGAAAAUUAGGCGAACUGUAACACAGGUUGUGCCCUCUGACACACAAGAGAAUGGACAGAAAGAAUCUAAAAGAAGUGAACAUGAGGAUGAGGAAGAAAGAAGUGAAGGGCAGGAUAUGCUUAGCCAGGAGGAAAAGAUGGAAAGCUCCAUUCAGGUUUCCAUGGAGACAGAGCCGUCGUCCCCUGGGCGAGACGUUGAUAUGAAGACAGUCACUCCCAGUGACACACUGAUUCGGCGUUCCAUUAGCCAGCAGAAGUCAGGUGUGAGUAUCACCAUCGAUGACCCAGUCCGCACAGCCAAACAACCGUCUCCUCCUCGUGGCAAGCUGUCUAACAUUGUCCAUGUCUGCAACCUGGUGAGGCCGUUUACGCUGGGGCAGUUGAAGGAGCUGUUGAACCGCACAGGGACUGUAGUGGAAGAAGGUUUCUGGAUUGACAAGAUUAAAUCUCACUGUUACGUCACAUACUCUAGUGCAGAAGAGGCGAUGGCCACUCGUACAGCGCUACAUGGGGUUAAGUGGCCCCAGAGUAACCCUAAGUUCCUUAGUGUUGAUUUCUGCACGCAAGAGGAGUUGGACUUCCACAGGGGUUUGGGUCCAGCAGGCGAAAAGCCAACAGAGGAGCCUCGUGGGGCAGUAGCUGCUGGGCCUGGCCGUCCUGUCCCCCCGCCUCUCCUACCAGAGCGUGAACAGUGGGCAGAACGAGAAAGGGAAAUGGAAAGGAGGGAGAGAACACGUGCAGAAAGGGAAUGGGACAGAGAUAAAGUGAGAGACUUCAGCAAGCCUGGAGAGGAGCGUGAAGCUGGGGCCAGAAGUUCGCGGUCACGAGAUCGUGAAAAGCGGCGCAAGGAAAGAGGGAAGAGCAAAGAGAGGAAAACCGAUAAGAAGGAAAAAGGACCAGAGGAUCCACCUGCUAAACUGCUGGAUGACCUCUUCCGCAAAACCAAAGCAGCUCCGUGCAUUUACUGGCUCCCCCUCACUGAGGAGCAGGCAGGACAGAGGGCAGCAGCUCGUGCUGAGCGCAUGAGGGAAAGAGAGAAGAGGAGGAAGGAGAUGGAAGAGGAGGAUAAGAAACGUGAGGAGGAACGGCGAGAAAAGAUGAAGGCUAGCGGGCCCGCUGGAGGGGAAGGUGAGAGAGACCGUGACAGAGAACGAGACCGAGACAGAGGUCGAGAAAGGGAGCGAGAGGGGGAUAAACGGAAGGAGGGAUACCGUAGUUUUGUUUAGCAAAUUGGAAGCUUUGUCAGGAGGUCACGAAGCCGCAGUGACCCUCCACCCAGAGAACGACGACACUAAGGGAAGUCUGGACGUUCCACUUUGUGACCCCUGUUCCUGUAUUUGCUGUAACAUCUCUAUGCCUACCUUCCUGAGGACCAACUCAGACUUUAUAAAAACACACACAUUCACACACUCUCUGCGUAAAGACACACGGGUGCACUCACACACACUGGGACCACGGUGGUGCUGUGUCUCCAUGUAGACUUGUCUCAUUGUCUCUUGAUUGGACUUUAAGACCCCUUGUGUUCAUUUCUCUGCCUCAGUGUUAAUGGACUUCCGGUAUAAGUGGGUCGGACUGCAAGACAUCCUCCAGGUUUGCUGACGGUCUCUUUCUCCUUCAGUGUAGUCAACACAGAACUGAAAGAGUGAUGCUGGAUUCAAACAGUGAUGCUCUGAAAGGCUUUGGUGUGAUUUAAGUCCUGAUCACUACUUUGUUUUCCUCUUGUUUUCCUCACAUUCCUUGUAACGUUUUAUUUGAUUUUUUUUUUUGGCCCCCUAUUUUCUGUCUUUUUACCACCCUUUUGCUGUUACCAGGUUGCCGUGGAGAAUGGGAUGCAUAUUUAACCUUUUCACAUUUGGUUUUAAAUUUUUUAAAAUUGUUUUAGCAUAAAAGCUGAUAUUUUGUUUUCUUUAAAUUUUUUGUUUACUCCUGUAAGUGAUGAAUGUACAAAUAAUAAAAAGGUUACAUCUAAGAACUGAAAA